UGGUUCGCUGACGCAAAGCGUUCAAUUUGAAAAGGUUUUCCUUCUAACCGCUGAUUGAGAGACACGGUUCGGACGUGGAAAGAGUGAGUAAAGUUGAUUAUGGCUCCCAGAAAGCGCACCCAGAAUGCUAAAAGCAAGAAGAAUCCCAAAACGCCCAAACUUGAGGCUUUUCUGCUCGAUUUCGACGAUGAAGUUCACACCAUUGUGGAAAGGCUAAAGGAGAAGACUAAUAAUCUGCUGAAAGAUGCGGAUAAUCUUUAUAAAACUGCUCUCAUUAAACUGCCCAUGGCGGUGAGGAAGAUGAACUGGAUCGAGUACUGCAAUCUUGAGAAGCCAAAGUCACCAGUGGAUGAUUCAAAGGUGAGGGAGGAAGCUGCACAGGUAGAGCUUGCGAUUGCUGGGACUCAUACUAUUCCUAAGUUUGCUGCAAAAGAAGCCAAGAGCAGCGCAAACUCAGAAGAUGAAAACAUGGCACCGCUGAAGUCCACAAUGAAGAAGAAGAAGGCCUCAAAGAAAGCUCCUUCAACGUCUAAAAAGGCCAGAGCUCUGUCCAUCAGCAAACAGGGCGGCACCAUCCAAAGGACUACAAGGAAGCCUCUGAUCACCCCUGCUAGAAGUUUGCUGGAUUCUUCAAUCAUCGGCGCCACACCGCUCAUCACACCACGCUUUGACCCCAGAUUGCCCAAGACUCCAGCACUGAGAUCGGCUCUUCACAGAGAGAAGGUUUACAGCAUGUCUGUGAACGGAUCUCCUCUGUCUGCCGGUGGAGAAGACAUUGUCAUCAGUGUCCCGAUCGGAAACGGAGAGUGUAUUCAGCUGCUGGCCAGUGAGAUGGACUCUGUGGAUCUGAGUCAGCUGGAUGAGAAAGCGAUUCGCAGUAUCAGAAACCUGCAGAAUCGCCUGACGACGCUUUGUGGAAGCUCUAAAUGAACUCUUUCUCCAGUUUUGUACAGCUGACUGCAAUGUUAUUUCUCUUUCAGUAGUCAUUGUGUUAAUCACAUUUUUAGUCUUGUGCUGUAACCGUCUGUGGCUUUUAUCAUUUUUAUGCUCAUGAGCUUUUACAAAGAAAAAAAUGUAAAUAAGUUUAGCUCAUCUUCAUAGUCUGUGUUUUACUGCCUUUUUGUAAAUAUGACUCUUAAAAAUACACCAUUUCCACAUCUCCCA